AUGUUUUCACCCAACACUGGUUUUUGGCGUGGGACUCUCUGUUUCGUGUGUGGUACCGCUGGAGAUUAUGUGUACCCCAGCGCGGAGGCACACCACACCGCCGUGGAGGGGCGUACCGUCUACGGUACGUAUCCAAGACAAAUGCCGCCCUCGCGGCACCCCAUUACUUAUUGGUUAGUCCUGGACCAAUACUUUUCGGACACCCUUUGGUCUGACGUUUAA